UCUAUGCCGCAUCUGACAAAAACCUCAAAGCGUAUUUUUUGUUUGUGUUGUUAUUUCAAAAUUGAAUUAUAAUAUCUUAUUAGUAAUAACAAUGAAAUUGGUUGAAUCAGUACAUGUUUGAUAACUGACUAUACCUAGUACAAUUACUUAUAAAGUUUAGUGAAUAUUUAUUACAAUGGCUGACGAGGUUAUCAAACAUUCCGUACACACUUUGGUGUUCAGGUCUUUGAAGAGAUCCCACGACAUGUUCCUCGCUAACCAGAGUCUACUACCGCCUAUAGAUGAAAAAGCUGAAAAAGUAUUAAGAUCUAUUAAAGCGAGAGACAGCUAUGGUCAAGUGAUGGCAGCAGUUCAGAAGGCACAGGUAGUCAAACAACAGGAAGCUUUGAUUCGUCCCGAGACUCCUAGUGGCAAUACUGAAAUGGCGGAAUCAGCAGCACUGGGCUCCGAUGGUGCCAUGUUACCAUACACUGGUCCUAUACCAUCGCCAGCACCAGCACCUCCUGCUGGCGCCCUCACAACACUGCCACGGAAAGCUCCAGCUAUGCCAAAACCGAAGUGGCAUGCACCAUGGAAACUAUUCAGAGUGAUAUCAGGACAUCUAGGAUGGGUGCGGUGUGUCGCUGUUGAGCCUGGAAAUGAAUGGUUUGCCACUGGUGCCGCAGACAGAGUUAUUAAAAUAUGGGACUUGGCGAGUGGCAAGUUGAAAGUGUCGCUUACUGGACAUGUUAGUACUGUUAGAGGUUUACAAGUAUCUUCAAGACAUCCAUACCUGUUUAGUUGUGGUGAAGAUAGACAAGUGAAAUGUUGGGACUUGGAAUACAAUAAGGUGAUCCGGCACUACCACGGACACCUAUCGGCGGUGUACGCGCUGGGCCUGCACCCCACGCUCGACGUGGUGGUGUCUGCGGGACGGGACGCCACCGCGCGCGUGUGGGACAUGCGGACCAAGGCCAACGUGCACACGCUCGCGGGACACACCGACACCGUCGCCUCGCUCGCCUGCCAGUCCGCCGAGCCGCAGAUUAUAACCGGCUCGCACGACUCCACAAUCCGCCUAUGGGACUUGGCCGCAGGCAAAUCAUUGUGCACACUAACAAACCACAAGAAAUCAGUCCGGUCCAUCGUCAUACACCCUACAUUGUAUUCCUUCGCGUCCGCCUCUCCAGAUAACAUAAAACAGUGGAAAUGCCCUGAGGGGAAGUUCAUACAGAACUUGUCUGGACAUAAUGCUAUAGUGAACUGUAUGGCGGUGAAUCCGGAGGGCGUGCUUGUCAGCGGCGGUGACAACGGCACUAUGUACUGCUGGGACUGGCGGACAGGAUAUAACUUCCAGAGAUUACAAUCUGCAGUGCAGCCCGGGUCUAUGGAUUCGGAGGCUGGUAUAUUCGCCAUGACCUUCGAUCAGUCCGGCUCUCGUCUGAUCACAACAGAGGCUGACAAAACAAUAAAGAUAUACAGAGAAGACGAUACCGCGUCAGAGGAAACCCAUCCGAUUAACUGGCGACCAGAGAUAUUGAAGAGGAGGAAGUUUUAAUAAUAAAUUUUGAUAU